CGGAGAUUGUCAUUGCUGACUCCAGACCAGCGUCAUACCACGGGUGGGGAGCUUCGUUACCAAGUGGGACGUAAAAAGCAAAACUAAACUAAACUAAACAAAACACCACAUUUCUGUUGAUAAAGUUCAACAUUACGGGGCAACAUGUCGCAUUAUAAGGCUCCAGACCACAAGAGAGAGCAGUUUCGGAGAUACUUGGAGAAAGCCGGUGUUGUUGAUAGUCUCACCAGUGUGUUAGUGGCAUUGUAUGAACAACCAGAAAAGCCUACCAACGCCCUGGAAUUUGUCAAGCAGCACCUUGGCACGCCUGGCCUCACUGCAGCUGACACGGAGGCUCUGCAGCAGGAGGUGGUGGAUCUGAGGCAGAGGUGUUCCCGUCUUGAGGAAGAAAACGUAGACCUCAAAGCCAGGCUGCAGCGCCACGAGCCACCUGAGGACGGCGCUGUUGUGGAAUAGACUCCAGCCUAAACUCCAAAGGGGUUCGAUUACUUUACGUUUUGAUGUUUGUUUUGGUUAGUGCAGCUUUUUAUAAAGAAAAAAAAAGGUGCCUUUCUCUAUCACCACCCAAGUCAUUCAGAAUGCACAUUAGGGAGAUGACGCCUUUAGAAAAUAUGAAUCACUGAUUUCUAUCUUUGAGUGGCACACAUCACUACUUGUAGUUUAUGAUGAUCAUAAUUGCAUAAGUCUGUUGGUAUGCUCAGGUGUAUGUUCAGGUUGCAAUGUCACAUAUUGACAUCAAUCUAAACUUUUUUUUUUUUUUUACUUUAAAUUGACUAACUGGUUUUCAAUUAAAGCAGAACACUGCUGAGGAAAUGAGUCAUUUGCAUAUACAACCAUAAUACUUUAACUAUACAGUAAGUCCUGUACGUUUUAUGUUUGAUUUUAAUAGACAGGUAGAGGUUCAGUUUUGUCACAUUUCUGAGUAUCUGAAUGAUUAAAACAUGUUUUGCACAUGCUA